AUGGCAUACAAGUAUUCGAAGAAACCAGCAGCCCGAAAGGGCAAGGGCGGCUAUCGCCGCCGUCCUGCUAAAGGUGGCUAUGCCAAAUCUACCUCGAAGAGUCUCGACAAGUAUGUCGAAGCCAAGGUGAAGCAAGCUGUUAAGCAGGCGAGUCGUGGACCGCCUCGUUCUGUCCCGGUGCAGUUGAUACCUGCACAUUUCGAUAGAAAUCAUGAAGUACCUUCGGUACAAAUCCAGGACCAAUGGACGAGUUACUUCCAGGGACCGUCCUCUGUUCGCAAGUAUGCGAUCUUACCGAUCUCUGAGUUGGUUCCAACUCAGCGGCCUGUUGCUGGUGAAGCCGAUGACCGUUUUCAGUCUCUCCACACGGUGUUUGUCAAGGGAGUGUCCCUCCGUAUGACAAUUAAUCAUGCCGAAGGUGUUCGGCUUCUCGUUUUUGCGUUCCGCAAUGGAAUGCGGCGUGAUGUCACGCCGUCGAGUGGUACUCGACCGUUCGUGGAUCGUGCCACGAUCUCGGAUCCGCCUGUGAAAGGACGACCGGUGUCGGAGGUCGUGUUUGAUGUUAUGAGCAAAGAGCAGCUCAUGGGAAUGGAAGGCUGUGGAAAGCACGCGUUCAGAAAUCUCGGAGUUCACGACGGUCCUUUUGCCGUUACGCGGCAACUCAAUGGAAAUUUUGAGUGGAAGGGUACAGACUUGUCGGCUUUUACAAGCCGAUUUAGCAAAGACGAAGGUCGCCCUGUUGGCACGGUCUAUGCGAAGCUUGAUGGAGGAGUUAGCAAGGCGCAUGGGAAAACAUUCAAAGGAAUGUUUGGUAGUUCUUCUCAUGGACAGAACCCGAAUGUGUCGGGUUGGAUUGGUACCCGGACUAGGCAAGUUGAGUUUUUUAUUAAGCUCAAUCAUCGUGAGAAGUUCGCUUUGUCGAACGGGUCGUUGUCUGUCAAUGAACGGCCAUUGGAACUGUUUAUAGGAUUUGAUACGCCUGGGUCGAUGCAUGCGGCAUCGCAUACUCGUAAGGAUGUUGCUUCUGGAGCAAUCAUGGCCAUGGAUAUGGAAGUGUAUUACGAGUGA